UGCUUAAAGUGAGGCGGUGCACUGAAGCGCGUGGAUCCUCCCUCUUCACGUUGGGGUUUGUAGCAGGUCGCGCGGCUGGGACUUCCUGUGCUCGUGCAUCAAGGGAAAGUUAAGUUUCUCUCCCACAUCACAGAACAGUUUUAAGGGCAAAGUCUCGGAGGGUCGUUGACCGUUCUUGUAUUUUCUAGAGGUGGAUACUAUCAGCUUUUGGCAGAGAUACCGAGCUGACAGGCGCUAUCAGGGCCACAACAGUGACAAGCAAUAUUCAAGAUGUCUUCUGGAAACGCUAAGAUCGGUCAGCCUGCUCCUCAGUUCAAGGCCACAGCAGUGGUAGACGGACAGUUUAAAGACGUUCAGCUCUCUGACUACAGAGGGAAGUAUGUCGUGUUGUUCUUCUAUCCACUUGAUUUCACCUUCGUGUGUCCUACCGAGAUCAUCGCGUUCAGUGAACGGGCCGCUGAGUUCCGUAAAAUCGGCUGCGAGGUCAUCGCUGGCUCCACCGACUCUCAUUUCAGUCAUCUGGCAUGGAUCAACACAGCCAGGAAGCAGGGUGGCCUCGGCUCCAUGAACAUCCCCCUGGUGGCUGACCUGACUAAGUCCAUCUCCCGUGAUUACGGCGUCCUCAAAGAGGAUGAAGGCAUCGCCUACAGAGGUCUGUUUGUGAUUGACGAUAAAGGCAUCUUGAGGCAGAUCACCAUCAAUGACCUGCCGGUGGGCCGCUCGGUGGACGAGACGCUGAGACUGGUGCAGGCCUUCCAGCACACCGACAAAUAUGGAGAAGUUUGUCCUGCUGGAUGGAAACCUGGAAGUGACACUAUUGUUCCAGAUGUGCAGAAGAGCAAGGAAUUCUUCUCCAAGCAGUAACAGUCCUGCUGUAUUUCCCGGCUCGUGCUCCCGUUCAGUGGGACGCUAGAGCACUUAACCUUAGCCUGAGAGUUCUUGAAAAGUUGUCUAAGCCAACGUAACAAACUCUUUGCAGUUUAAAUGCACUUGUUAGACAGAUUUCUUUUCCUUUUCAUUGUCUGAAGAAGCUGUUGCAGUCAGCAUCUCCCAUGCACUGAAUUGUCUGUAGUUUGUUUUAAGCUCUAGUUAAUCAGUAUUACAUAUUUAGAACUCGGUGAACAUUUGAUUCAUUUUGAAUUGUCUCAAGUUGUUUAACAAUCUGGUGAUCAUCAAUAUCUGUGAAAUAAACGGGCUGUUAUUGUG